AUGGACGUGGCCAGCGAUACGGACGCUAGAGCUAGAGAUCAGGGCGAGGUGAACGGGAACGCUGACCUUACCGCCCGGAUGAGGGUCGUAGGCAGUCCUUUGCACUCGAACUCGGCGCAGGUGCCGAUAUUCCCAUUCCCUCCUACGGUCGAGGUGCCCCUGUCUCCCCAGGCGCAACCGCAAUCGCAAUCACAGUCACCGUCACAGUCACAAGCACUGGAAGGACAUCCUCGGCGAGUCGAUCUCACGAGCAAAAACUACUCGACGGGCCCCCCCUCGACGAGCUGGAAUCACGUCGACGUCUCACCUAUCGAUCGGGAUCUUGAUGAUCCACCGAACGGGUUCCCACCGCCAAGUUCGGGAUCGGGAUCGAGAUCGGGGUCGGAUCCAGGACCGAGGUCGCAGCGGGACGAGACGACAGACUCUCACGGCGCGAUCGAUUGGGACGCACCACGGGUCGAGCACCCAGACGAGCUUUCUUCUAAGGGAGGUGAUCGAUCGGCUGCGGCCGACAUGGAAGGAGGCCGGGCUAUGGGAAAGGGACCAGGAUCGGGACUGGGAAGUGGGCAUGGGUUUCCUGCUGAAGAUUUGGUCGAGAUGGGAUUCCUGUCAGAGGCCGAGGCGUUGGCGCUCUAUUCAUCGUUCAUGCACAAUUUAAACCCGAUCAUCGCAUUGUUCGAUGCGACUUACCAUACCAUGACCUCUGUCAGGACCCGCUCGACCGGUCUCUUUGCCGCCAUCAUCUUCGCAUCGUCCCGGUUCUUCCUUCCCAGUCUGGCAAGAUCUCUGCAAUCUCACGCUCGAACGUUGGUCUAUCGACACGUCGCCCGGGGCCAUGCUACACUGGAAACGGUCCAGGCGCUGUGCGUGUUGGUCCACUGGAAGUAUACUUCAGACACUACCGAAUGGCUGGACCUGGGCAACGCCGUCCGUAUGGCUCAGCAGUUACGCCUACAUGAUACGAAGAACUGGGUCAUGGACGAUUCGGGGGCUUCCUUGGACGCUGAACGGACGUGGUUGUUACUGACUUGCAUGGAGGCAGCGACCGGCUUGUUCAAGGAUAAUAUGCCGAGCAUGAUUCAGGAAGAUGCCGUCUUCAACAUCGAUCUUUGGUUGAGGCGGCAUCGUCAUCAGUUGAUCGCCGGCGAUUAUCAGUUGGGACUUCAGUACGAUUGGAUUCCUCUUGCCCGUAUGCUCUCUACGGCUCGAGCUCAUUCGGCGGAUCCUCUGAUGUGGUCCUUUGGCCUGUCUAUUCUCGGCAUGGCGGAAUCAACGUUGGCCAGGAUUCGAUCUAAAUGGUGCAGUUUGGCACAGGACGACCCCACUCGACACCUCGACCCGGUCGAGUUUCAACUCAAUAGCGUCGUCCUGGCUUUUCUGCACGUUCACAUCGUUUGGUAUCGGUACAAGAUGACUCUGGGCGAAGACGACGGGUCUAUUCAAAAGGUCAUCGUCCAGGUCGAAUCGGCGUACGGCUACCUGGAUGCCAUGAUAGAGUCGGGCUCCUUGCGGUAUUGGUGCGACUCGAGGGCUUUGUUGAUUUGUCAGGGUGCCAUUAUGUUGCAAGAGAUCUAUCCGAAGUGCCGCGAAUACGAACGAUCGCGACUGGAUGCUUUGUCCCAACAGGUCUUUCAGCGCGUGUCGCAACUCGUUGGAACCGACUUGGAUACGCCUUGUGCGUGUGUCGCCGGGGCGUUCGAGACCUUGUCCAAGAAAUCAACAAUGGGAUCCUCGGCUUGUGCUACUGUGAUCGGAAGUGGACCAGCGAACCCGGCCAUGGACGACGUUGCAUUCUGGUUGAUGAUCAUGGCUACGCUUUCCCUUCCCGAGCCGAUCUUUCCGACGUAUCCGAGGAACCUGGCUUGA